CACGAGACCCCUUAGUCGGCGGUUUUUGGGUUUUGUGUUUAGGUCAGAUUCGACUCGACGAACUCGGUGCACCCGAUCGCUGCGACUGGCGACAGGCGGGCUUCGCGUAGAACACAAACUCUCAGAAGUCCACUUCGAAAGGUCAUCCGGAGGUUCGACGGUGGCAGCAGCAGUAGUGUAGUUGUGCGGUGGUACGUGUGCCUGCCAGCGUCGUCUGAGUAGCAGCACGCGAUCACCAGUGUACGCGCGGUCGGUCGGUCGCUAAGUAGACGCGAGCACCCGCGAAUCGAUCGCACCUCUCGAACUCUCUGUGUGGACGGAAGGUGUCUCCGCUCGGGUUCAGAUUUUUAUGAAUUAGUUAAUGUUUAACCGUCACACCGAUAAGCUCGUUGUUCUGUGAACUGCUGCGGUUCUUGCCAGGUGUUGAGACAGUAUUGGAGCGGUAGCAGUUCUUCGCCAUUCUGUCGUUCGAACCGCGGAGUGUUCUCGGGCUUGCGCGUGGACUUGGGAGUGUUGAAAGUGUCUUUUUUUUCUCGUGUUCAUGUGAUUGUGGUGUGUUACUUAGAACCAAUCUGAGUGUGAUCGGUGUAGAUAAAUUAGGUGAGUCUAUGUGAUCGAUGCAUGACAGAACAUUGCGUGAAGUAACCUUGGCUAGAGAAAGUGUGAGCCCUUUUCUUCUCUCUUUUCGCCAUUUUUCGAUAACUGAAACAAAGCGCUUCGCCAUCAAUGCGGAUCGCCACGAGUGGCACCUAUUGCCUCUCGAUCGCUAGCCACGGCCGCGUGGUAUGUACAAUUAAAAGUGAAGUUAAGCACUUUUCUCCGCGGCCAGCAGUGAAGGCAAGAGUAAAAUAAAGAUAAUAUAGACAUAUCUGUGAACUGGACUUGGAGCCACACUAAACCACGAGCUACGUUUGUGUAGAAAAACCAGCUGAGAGUGAUCGUUCGUGAAACAAGUUACUUAGUGGGCUCCAUUUUUUUUUUGCUUGCCAUCGAAGACAAAAGCCACGCCAACGAUUUGAGACUGGAACAGUGAGGCUGUGUGGCAGAGGCUCAAUUGAGAGGCCCCUUUACCUGCCGAAAACAGAAAAAAUUAAGUGCUAGUAUCAUUUUCUAAGAGGCCUCGGCGAAAAAUUUCACUUUAUCCGAACUGAAUUAGCGUAACAAAAAGCCAACCCCCAGCGGUACAGUGUUUUGAUGAACAUACGGAAAAAGUUCGAAAGCGAGACCGCGAGUAUUAUUUAACAGCACAGAAACAAGAAAAAAUAACACCAACAUAAAAAGUGAAUUUUGGCAGCAAGUGUUUCGCGAGAUAGACAGACACCAGAGUGUUAAAACGGCGGAAGUGAUGGAAGGGUGAAACCGAAACUUUGAAGAAGAGUGAAGCGGGUGAAUCAAUUAAAGAUAAUUUCAAACUGAACAGCAUUGGCCCCCUUGAAUGGACCUUGCGUUGGAGUGUCCGACUGGAGUGUUUUUUUAUUUUCGUCGUUGUGUUUUAUGUAAUUCAUGUUUUUUUUCUCUGGUCCCGACUGUCUGCCGGAUUUUUUGUGGGAGAAAUUCAUCCAAAAUGACCAGCAACUGAGCAACGACGACGAAAACGCCAACGACGAAUGAGAAACAGCAAAACAGAUACAGAUGGGAAGCUCCUAAUUAGUGGAAAAUUAGAUAAAUAGUUUUUCCUUCUUCUUUCGGCCGCGAAGCGAAGCCCCGACGAAAAAGGGAGGGCAAAAGCGACUAGCGCUAGCAAGUAAAAGAAAUAAAAAUAGAGAAGUAAAUAAUAAUUUUGAUCGAGUGAAAACGUUGAAAAAUAAAAUCCAAAAUCGAGAGUCAAUCGAGGGUGACCGUCAAAAAAAAAAAAAAAGAAAAGAAAACAACAACAGAAAAAAGCUGAAUGCAAGGCAAGGUUGUGAUUUUGGGCCGAGAAAAAGCUUAGGGACAAAGAACCUCGAGUGGAAGACGGGAAGGAAGGUGGAUGGAAACGUAAUGCAAGCUUGUUGAAAACGAAAGUGUUGUUUUGUGGUGCGGUGAUUAGCUCGUCGUUUAUAGGGAGUAAACAAAAAUUCGGUAAUCGGAAGGAAUUUUUUUUCUGGUGGAUGACUUCGUGGUUUCUUUUGUUUGGUUGUGUAAUAUUUACAACGAGUCAAUCGAGUGAUCAAGUGCUUGCGGAACUAAGGGUCUGUGUCGGUGACGAGGAGAUAUUUACACCUAAAUGAGUAUCGUACCUUGAAGCGGUUGAGACAAAUAUCCAUUCUGCCAAGAUGAUGCGCCUUGGCCUAUACAUAGCGGCGUCGUGGACGAUAUUCUGUACCUGCAGUGUCGCUAUGCCCGAUGUCCAUCGUCGGAUGAGCGCCGCUCAACUGCAGGAGGUGUUUCACGUGGACCACCUGGAUGCAGUUCCGCACUACGAGCUGGUCCAGUUGACACAUCACACGAACCAACCCUCGUUGAACCACCAGCGUCACAAAAGAAGCAUAGGGACAGGAAAUUCAAAGGCGAGUGGUGGCAACCACCUCCAACAGGGAGGCAACCAUCACGUGAAGAAAGAUUUGAGCAAAGUGAAGUUUAGUGGAAAAGUAAGUGAAAUUGAAGCUUCCGCCGAAAAGAAACCGAUAGAACCGAUCGUUGUAAGUUCGUCGGAACGACCGGCACCAGUCGGUGCCGCUGGUGUUGAAGAGGAGCCGAUCUUACCCGAGAUGGUGCCGGCUAGGCAAAUGCCAAGUGAUAGUGAUAGCAACAAGUUGAGUGAUUUGAGCAUACGAAACAUCAAGGAGCACAAGGUUUCAUUCAGUGCAUUCGGUGAGAACGUUAAUCUGACGCUACAGAAAACCGAGGGGCUGUUCCGCGAUGGGCCCCAUUCGCUGCGUAUGUGGAACGUUCGGGUUGAUCCCAACGCAACGCAAGGCCUCGUGUACGAGGAAAUUCACGAACAGCAACCCCCGGCAGAGGACUCAUUUGGUAACAUUUACCAGGACCAGCAGAACAUGGCCGCCAUUCUGAUGCGUAAGCAUUUGGAGAGUGGCGAUCUUAUAAUGGAGGGUAGCAUAGGACACGAUCUUGUGAUAAAGCCAGUGCCAACCGAAAUCUCCCAGGCGGAGGACGGUAGUGUUCAUCAUGUUAUUUAUAAGCGAACCGUGUCAGAGGACCACAACGAUCAGUCAAGUGAUUAUGCAUUCAUGGAACCGGACCGGCUGCAGAAGCGAUUUCGCUCGAAGCGAAGCCCCCAGGCGUACUACAAGGCGUCGCGAGCCCUCGAGACGACCAUCUAUCCGGAGAUCCUGGUGAUAGUGGACUAUGACGGUUACCGGUUACACGGCGGUGACAACGUCCAGGUCAAGCGGUACUUCGUUUCGUUCUGGAACGGAGUCGACCUGCGAUAUCGGUUGCUGAAGGGGCCGAAGAUCCGCAUCAGCAUUGCCGGCAUCAUCAUCUCACGGGGUCGCGAUGCCACACCUUACCUCGAGCGGAACCGAGUAGGACGGGAUGCGAUCGAUUCUGCCGCUGCCCUCACCGACAUGGGCAAGUAUCUGUUCCGCGAGCGAAGAUUGCCGGUGUACGACAUUGCGGUUGCCAUCACGAAGUAUGAUAUGUGCCGAAGAAGAAAGGGCGGCCGUUGUACGAAAGGCACAGCCGGUUUUGCAUACGUCGGAGGAGCCUGCGUAGUCAACAAGCGGCUGGAGAAGGUGAACAGUGUUGCCAUCAUUGAGGACACCGGUGGAUUCAGCGGAAUCAUUGUAGCCGCCCAUGAAGUUGGCCAUUUACUUGGAGCCGUCCACGAUGGAUCGCCCCCACCCAGCUACCUUGGCGGACCGGGUGCGGAAAAGUGCCGCUGGGAGGAUGGCUAUAUAAUGUCCGAUCUGCGACACACUGAGCGAGGUUUCCGGUGGUCACCGUGCAGUGUUCAGAGUUUCCAUCAUUUCCUCAAUGGUGACACCGCCAGUUGCCUCCACAAUCCACCCCACGAGGAUGAAGCCCUCGGCCGAUCUCUGCCCGGCACAUUGCUCUCACUGGAUGCCCAAUGUCGCCGAGACCGGGGGACAUCGGCCUGCUUCAAGGACGAACGCGUUUGCGCUCAGCUGUUCUGCUUUGACUCGGCCAGUGGCUACUGCGUGGCGUACCGACCCGCCGCCGAGGGAUCUUCCUGUGGUGACGGACAACACUGCAUGGAUGGAAAAUGUGUGGCUGAGAAUGAAAAUAUAAUUCCGGACUAUUCACAGCAUACGCCGUCGUACACCCGAUUCGUGCCCCAGCCAACCAAAUAUAACUACGACGACAAGUCAGAUCAGCAGGAAGAAUAUUAUGAACCGUCUAGUAGCACGUCGUCCACAACCACCACCACUACAACAACGACAACAACAACAACCACCUCCACCACUACACCAUCGCCUUCACCGACAUCGACGAGGAAUUACCACAAUUAUUUCCAUCACAAGUCCACGACACUGGAUGAUGAGGAUCGACGAUACAAAAAUUUCAUGAAUGCCAUCAAACGGAAGCGAUUACAACACCUAAAAGAGCAGUUGCAGCAGCAGGAAAUCGUCAGCAACCAACAGUGACCAUAAAAUCAAAAACAAACAAUAACACCCGCAACAAGAUAGGCUUUAACGGCAGAGACUGACCAAGUUCUGCUACUAGACUCCGAGGUACCCCUCGGAACACCAACUUGGUCUCUAGAUGAUAGAUAGACGUGAUAGCAUUUUAUGAGCAAUCUCCAAUAGUUAGUAUUUGUGUGUCCUGUAAUAAAUCCUUGCCACUUGAACGCUUUCAAAACUGAUGGAAAUUCAUGCCGGUGUUUGUCGCGUGCGACACAUCAAGAAGUAGAACGUAAGAGAGGAUAACUGAAAGAAAAACACGGCUUUUUUAGAUUCAAACGAGUGAAGCAAGGAGUCCAGAGUUAGGAAGCGAGACAUUCAAAUAAUGUGAUAUAAAAUUGUGCAAAUAGGCAGUGGAAAUACUUAGACAAGUUGUUUCUAACUAUAAAUAUAUAUAUUUCCCCCUAGUUUUUAAGCAGAGUGACAUAGUUUUCCGAUAAAUUAUGGACCAUUUCAAGCUAGCCUUAAGAAAGGAAACGACGCCGUGGAGAGCGGAACCAAAAUACAGUUGAAAAAAUAAUUAAAAGUCCGCGAAGCGUGUUCUGUGUGAAGAAAGUGACGGAAGGAUUCGAACCUUGAUUUUUAAAUCACAGCGGUAGAAUGAACAUAAAAUCACAAUCAGCAGGUAAUGUAUCUGUGAUUCGGUAACAGCAAAUAAUCUGAUGGAAUAAAGUGUCUUUUGCUAUGAUCCAAUAAUCAGCAGUAAAUAUUCAUAAAUUGCUUGGUCAAAUUAAUUUGCUAUAAGAAACUUUAAAAACAAAAACACAAAAACUGUGGCAGAAUCACGAAGUGCCCUAUCUUAUGCUAUAAUUGGUGUUUCUUCUGUUAUUUAUUCGAGACAAACCAAGUGAUACCCACUUAUCCAAAUCGAGUCCAAAGUUUAAGGAGUCUUGAAACAGAGUAAGCAUUGAGUAAAACUAUAACGGCUAUUUUCUAUUGUGGAACUAACAUGAGUAGAACUUAGAACGUUGACUUUUCAUAAAACGUGACGUUGUCGCUACGUCGUGAUUUUUCCAGUCCGUUGUCAAGUUGAAUGAGAAUUGACCUUGAUAGUAUAAAUCAAGAUACGAAUCUUGCAGGGAUAAAUUUGAACAGUUAAGGUGGAUUUUAAUUAUCAGAAGAUUGUACUACCAACAAUACCACCGAUAAACGAGACAUAUACUUAUAUAUUCGGCCAACCACAAAACAAUCAUAGACAUAUGAACACAAACUGCCCUUCUACUACGAUUUCGGUUGGUAAACCCCUCGUUACACACUGACUGCGCUAUACUGCCCUUAGGUCGCGACAUAGAAAUUUUGUACGGCCAUCAAAACCUUGUUAUACUUUGGAGACGAGAAACGGAUACAAACAAUAUUUUGUACAUAUACGAUAUACAUACCAAUCGUUAACGAUUGUAGGUUUAGGCGAAUUAGAGGAGGAAUUGAAAAAAAAAUAAAGCAGGAACACGACCUACAUGCAACGAAAACAAAGUAUCUGCCCGUUUUGAUAACGGAAGAGAAACUCUAAAAUGUGGAUAUUCUAUAUGUAUACUGAAAUAUACACUUGAAGUGAGAAAUAAAGAGAACAACUUUAUUUUUCGUUAUUCGAAAAAAAAUCGGCUCAUGCAUCCACACAGCCACUUGUGCCUAUUCGCAAGAUGUCUUUAUAUAUAUUUGUUAUAUCUAAGUGGAAGAAAACUAGAAACGUGGUCUGUAAGUAGAACUUUAAUUUAUCACUCUUUAGCUGUAGCUUUCUAGAGGAUGUAUUUUUUUAUAGCGUGAUGUUCACAGAAGACGCUGCAAACUUGGAUAUUAGAGUAUAAGGUAAUAAUUGGAAGCGAGCAAAAUCACGGAAAAAAGUGCAACACUUAUUUUGAUGAAAGCAAUAAUAAAUUAAAAGGGAACAAUAGUGCCGUUUCGUGUUAAUAAUUAUCAUAAAUAAAGACGGUAAUAUGCCGAAGAAAGUAUU